GAGCAAGUGCGCAUGCGUCACCGCGGGCCGCGCAGGUUGAGAACAUGGCCGCCAGGUCUCUGUGGGCGGUCCGGUGGCGAGUGCGGCGCCUCCUGGCCCCAAGUGCCGCGUCCGAUAGCAGGGUAUGGCUGUAUCUAUUCAGCACUGCCACCCAGAGAACUGCUGGCGAGGACUGCAGCUCUGAGGAGCCUCCCGAAGAGCUCGGGCCCUCUCUUGCUGAAAGAACCUUACGGCUAAAAGCUGUUAAACUGGAGAAGGAAGUUCAAGAUUUAACAAUGAGGUACCAGAGAGCUGUAGCUGAUUGUGAGAACAUACGAAGACGAACCCAGAGAUGUGUGGAAGAUGCCAAAAUAUUUGGAGUGCAGAGUUUAUGUAAGGACUUGGUGGAGGUGGCAGACAUUUUGGAGAAGACUACAGGGUGCAUUUCUGAAGAAACAGAGCCUCGGGACCAGAAGCUUACUUUGGAGAAGGUCUUCCAAGGGUUGUCACUUUUAGAAGCAAAGCUGAAAAGUGUAUUUGCCAAGCAUGGCCUGGAGAAGAUAACUCCCAUCGGUGACAAAUAUGACCCUCAUGAGCAUGAACUCAUCUGUCACGUGCCAGCUGGCGUCGGGGUGCAGCCAGGCACCGUGGCAUUAGUAAAACAAGAUGGCUACAAACUUCAUGGCCGCACCAAUAGACUUGCCCGGGUGGAAGUGGCAGGGGAGUCUCACAGAAGACUGUGAACGGGCCAUCGGGAACCAGAUGUUCUCCCAGAGUGCAGUCACCUGUGUUUCCUUUAUUUAUUAAACUAGGUUUGUAUUGUACAUGAGGUACUUCAUGUGAUCUGUUUUGGAUUUAGUCAUAUUGGCUUUAUUUCUAAGAUAGCAUAUUGAUUUAAUGUGACCUAUUUGGUCUCAUCAGAAGUCUUGCCACUUGGCAUUUGAACAAUGUGACAAAUGUUCUGUGGCCUUGAUCAAAAUAUGUUUACAAAAAUUAUUUUUAAAUUGGUACUCUGAUGACUUAAGAAUCCAAAAUCCUUUUAGCUAUGUGUUUUCAACUAAAUGUUCUUUUUCAAUCGUCCUUAUAACAAGACUUGUAUAGCAUCUUGUGUUUUUUGUGGAACAGGAAACGGUAGGGUUUGGUUUAACAUUUAGGAAUUUAGUCGAUAAAAGCUUAAUAGUUGUGUGAGUUUAGAUUAUUUGGAUUGUUUUGUAUACACUUGGAUUUCCAGGACUUUUUGGUUUUGGUAUUUUCUUUGUAGUCAUCUUUUGUUAUUACUGUCCCAGCUAAGUAGGCUUCACGUUCUCCUGCCAUCUCCACCCCUUUCCAGUUCCCAGCUACAAAGGCUAAAAUCCCAGAUGAGACCUGAAAGGCAGGGAGCAUCCAGAAAUUCAAGAUACCCAGGUUUAUUUCAAACAAGGAUGACCAAGAGACCUUGUGCUGUCUUAGCUCUGAGUUGUCUUCAACUUAUUUUCAGACUCCCAGGUAUAGAAUGAUUUCUGGUGAAGUGAAGCAGCACUAGCAGUUAAUGACUCACCUGGGUCUGUAUGGUAAUUUAUUAUGAUUCUCAUUCCAGCAACGCUGACUUCUGUACUUUGUGUGUAAUUUUCAUUAUGAUCCUUUAUUAGAUUAUAGGAGGGAGAAGAGUGUGAUGAGGACAAAUGUUAGGUUGCCAUGAUUUCCCAUUUUAUUUCAUUAUACUCAAGCGUUUUUCUUUUUUUUCCUGUUUAAUUGGUACUCACAAAUCACUACCUCUUUUACAUGGACAAGCUUUAUUUUCUAGUUUUUGUUGUCUGUCUUAAGUCACAUUUGUUUAAACAUCCACUCUCCUUUUAUGUAUUACUCUCUUAGAGUU